AUGUGCAGGUGGCGAGAAGCAGAGAGGUAUCAUCACCUACGGCCUUUCCCCCAACCGCCAGAACCCCCUCGCCGGUGCCGCCCACGACGCCGUCUUCAACACCUGGCGCCGCUUCAGCGCUCAGGUUCUCUACGUCCUCCCUCCCCUGGUUGCCGGCUGGUACAUCAUGGACUGGGCUACUCACCGUAA